AUGAGCGGCCUUCGCUUCCUUGACUUGAUCAAGCCCUUUACGCCCCUCCUCCCGGAGGUGGCAGCUCCUGAGACUAAGGUGCCCUUCAACCAGAAGUUGAUGUGGACAGGUUUGACUCUCCUCAUCUUCUUGGUCAUGAGCCAGAUGCCCCUUUACGGUAUCGUGUCUUCCGACACUUCUGACCCCCUGUACUGGCUGCGCAUGAUGCUUGCCAGUAACCGUGGUACUCUCAUGGAGCUGGGUAUCACUCCCAUCAUCUCCUCCGGCAUGGUCUUCCAGCUCCUUGCUGGUACCCACCUCAUCGACGUCAACCUUGACCUCAAGACCGAUCGCGAGCUCUACCAGACCGCCCAGAAGCUCUUCGCUAUCAUCCUUUCCUUCGGUCAGGCCUGUGUCUACGUCCUGACUGGUCUCUACGGCCAGCCCAGUGACCUUGGUGCCGGUAUCUGUGUUCUCCUGAUCGUUCAACUGGUUGUUGCUGGUCUUGUUGUCAUUCUGCUCGAUGAGCUCCUCCAGAAGGGCUACGGUCUCGGCAGUGGUAUCUCCCUCUUCAUUGCCACCAACAUUUGCGAGUCGAUUGUCUGGAAGGCCUUCUCCCCCACUACCAUCAACACUGGUCGUGGUCCCGAGUUCGAGGGUGCCAUUAUUGCCCUGUUCCACCUUCUCCUGACCUGGCCCGACAAGCAGCGCGCCCUGUACGAGGCCUUCUACCGCCAGAACUUGCCCAACGUGAUGAACCUGUUGGCCACCCUCCUGGUCUUCGCGGCUGUCAUCUACCUGCAGGGCUUCCGUGUUGAGAUCCCCGUCAAGUCCUCCCGCCAGCGUGGCAUGCGUGGCUCUUACCCCGUCCGCCUCUUCUACACCUCCAACAUGCCCAUCAUGCUCCAGUCUGCUCUGUGCUCCAACAUCUUCCUCAUCAGUCAGAUGCUGUACUCUCGCUUCUCCGACAACCUGCUUGUUCAGCUUCUCGGAGUCUGGGAGCCCCGUGAGGGAUCUGCCCAGCUCUACGCCGCCUCGGGUAUUGCUUACUACAUGUCGCCUCCUCUGAACUUCACCGAGGCUCUUCUCGACCCCAUCCACACCGCUGUUUACAUCACCUUCAUGUUGGUUGCCUGCGCUCUGUUCUCCAAGACCUGGAUCGAGGUUUCUGGCUCUGCUCCCCGUGACGUUGCCAAGCAGCUCAAGGACCAAGGUCUUGUCAUGUCCGGUCACCGUGAGCAGUCCAUGUACAAGGAGCUGAAGCGUGUGAUUCCCACUGCCGCCGCCUUUGGUGGUGCUUGCAUCGGUGCUCUUUCCGUUGCCUCUGACCUUCUCGGUGCCCUUGGCAGCGGAACCGGUAUUCUUCUUGCCGUGACCAUCAUCUACGGUUACUUCGAGAUUGCUGCCCGUGAGGGUGACAUUGGCGCUGGCCUCAAGGGCCUCGUUCCCGGCAGCUAA